AUGGCCAUGGACCAAAGCUCCGCCGGACCUUCCAUCGCGACUGCCAAUCUUCCUCCUGACCAGAUCACCGUCGCAACUGCUGCGGUCCAGGCUGGCCGCCGUCUUUUGCGGCUUCUCCCGACCAAACCUGCGCUCCUUGUCGUCCUCCUCCGACAGAAGCAGCAGCUGCGCUGCUCUCCGCCGCCGCAGCUUCCCUGCUCCCCGCCGCCGCAGCUGCCCUACUCCCCGCCGCCGCAGCCCCCCUGCUCCCCCGCUCUCCCGCCGCAGCUGCCUCCUGCUCCGCUGCCGCAGUUGCCGCCCGCCUGCCUCCCCAAGCUCCCCUCUUCCUCAAAAAGAUCUUCAAUUUCCCCAGCUACCGCCACGCUCUGCUCCGGCUGCGCCGGAACUGCCGUCGGAGAGCCCGGAGGCGCCGGAUCUGGACCACCAACAACAACGUCAAGGCCGAUGAGCAGCCAGGUGUCGUCCUCGCCGUCGACGACGACGGUGUCGUCGACGCCACGGAGCGAGGGCGAGAUCCUCCAGUCGGCCAACGUCAAGAGUUUCGCCUUCACGGAGCUGAUUUUCAGCUGGCUGCUGCUGCUGCUGCCCCCGGUAGCGCCGGCACCGUGCUGCCGCGUCCGGCACUCGCACCGGCGGCCGGCGGGGCACGCCUUCAAGCGUCUACUGACGGUACCCAAGAGCGUGGGGUACAAUCAGAGAACAAGAUGAAUAAUCAGCUACUGCUAUGACGCAGCGGUGCAAGAACAAGAUGAACACCUCAACAUGUGCAUUGCUGGUUAGUGUUUACAUCUCCAUCUUCUCUGUUACUCAAAUGUUCUGAACUUUCUGAAUCUCUGAACCACUUUACUGAAUGUGAGUAAAAUCUGUUCAUUUUCUGAACCACUUCACUGAAUGUGUGUAAAAUCUAUUCAUUUUCUGGUUGGAAUAUUUGGACUAGUUCUGCUAGUUUAGAGUUUGGAGUAUUUGCACAGUUAACUGAACAAUUUUGCACAGAUAACUGAACGGUUUUGCAAGCAUUCGAUCUAUGAACAAUUUUGUUUUCUGUAAGAUUUAUACUGUCUCUAAAUUCAGUCAUGAACUAUGAACUCUGAAAUUAGUACUGUCCCAAUAGCAUUUUAAAUAUUUAAGUUAG